AUGGCCGACGUCGAAAUGGAUAUCGCGUCGAGUAGAAUGAAUAAUUUCAACGAGCACGUAAAACAAGACAUGGAAAGCCACGAGAGAAGUGGCAAUGAGGACAGCGGCGAUGUAUCAGAGGAAGAGGAGGAAGAAGAGGAGGAAGCAGAGACUAACGGCGAGAAGGCCGAGGAGCCCGUCAAACAGCAAAGCGGUGGCAGUGCAGGCAAACACAAGAGAAAAAAACACAAGCAUCGCAGCAAGCACAAAAAACAUAAGCACGCCUCUGAGGAAGACAAAGAACGCAAGCGCAAGCAUCGGCACAAACACAGAAAACAUAAGCGCAACAAGGAAGGCGCUUCACCCUCAGCCAAUGCCGCCAUAUUUGCGUCAUCGGGCAACAGGAAAGGCGAAAGCUCCCCAUCCUCGGGCAACCCCGGCGUGGACGAUCGGGCGCUGCUGGAGGACCUGGAAAAGCAGAGGGCCAUGAUUAAAGCGGAGCUGGACAGCCAACUGAUGGAAGGGAAAGUCCAGUCGGGCAUGGGCCUCAUAUUGCAGGGUUACAACUCCGGCUCGGAAGAGGACGGAGCUGACGGUCGGGUCAGAAAUGGCGAACAGCGCAGGAGGGGCAGCUCAGGGAAAGUCAACUCCCCUCGCGCGAGCGGUGGCGGCAAAUCCAGACGUGACUCCACAGAGGCCAGUAAGACCGCCUCCAAGCGGCACAGCCCCAGCAAAAACACGGAGCGGACCACGAAGGAUUCCAAGCCGGACAAGGUGAGCAAAAGCAGUAAGGACACAACCGUUAAAGACAGAGGCCGUGCUAGGAGCGCCUCAAAAGAGAGAAAACAUUCAGAGAGCACUGACAGGUCGAAGGAGAGGGGCGGGAAGUCCCCCCCGGAGCAGAAAAGCAGUCGCGCCGAGAAACCCCGUUCCUCACCGCAUCGGGAAGAGCGGCCGGCGCAGGAAAAAGCACGACCCCGAUCCAGGUCGCCUGCACGGGAGCGGCCCGGUCGCUCCGACGCUGAGCGAGACAAAAGACCAAACAAGUCCCCGUCCAAAGACGCUUCGUCCGGCAAAGAGAACCGCUCGCCGCACCGACGGCCACAGCCCAGCCCAGUAAGGAAGCGCAGUGCCUCACCUCGACUCAGAGAAGCGCGCCACGCAUCAGCCAGCGGCGCCGACCGCGUCAGGGUCAGGUCGCCGCCACCCAGGAGGGAACGCUCGCCAGUAUCCCGUAGGAGAGAAGUUGAGAGGCAGGAGUCGCCAGUCAGGAAACGGCUGCGACCGGAACCCGGGUCAGUUCGCGAACGCUCGCGAGACAAGAGUCCACCGGCGCCCUCACGUCGCAGGGUGAGCCGUUCACCACUUAGGCGCCGCUCCCCAUCGCCGCGCCGACGCUCCCGUUCGUCACCCCGUAGGCGGAGCAGGUCUCCACUCAUACACAGGUCCGGCGACAGAGACCGCUACGGGAGGCUCCGGCAGUAUCGGCGUUCAGCGUCACGUGACCGCGGCAGGAGGCGAAGACGGAGUAGAGACGAAGACAAGUUCAAGGGAAGUCUUUCAGAGGGCAUGAAAGUUGACCAAGAGUCUUCAGACGAUGAUAUGUUAGACGAUUUUGACGGCGAAGAAAUCGAUGAAGAGGCCUUAAUCGAACAGCGCCGACAACAACGAAUGGCCAUCGUACAGAAAUACAAGACGGCGAGCGAGGACGCCAACAUGGUGUCUGAGCCCAGCAGCCCGCAGAGCAGCACGCGCAGCCGCUCGCCGUCGCCUGACGACAUCCUGGAGCGAGUUGCUGCUGAUGUCAAGGAAUACGAGCGCGAGAACCUCAACACCUUUGAGGCCAACAUCAAGGCCAAGCACAACCUCAUCGCCCAGGAGAAAGACGGGACCAACCCGAAGAAGCCGUCGGCGCCCGACAUGUUCACCGAGUCGGACGACAUGUUCGCUGCAGACUUUGAUAGUGCCCGGAUGAGAGCCUGCGGCGUCGGCAAAGACUUCAAGGAAAAUCCCAACCUCAGGGACAACUGGACCGACGCCGAAGGCUACUACAGGGUGAACAUCGGCGAGACGCUGGACAAGCGCUACGACGUGUACGGCUACACGGGGCAAGGCGUGUUCAGCAACGUGAUCCGUGCUAGAGACACCGCCCGAGCCGGCCAGGAGGUGGCGGUCAAGAUCAUCCGCAACAACGAGCUCAUGCAAAAGACUGGUUUGAAAGAACUAGAAUUCCUCAAGAAGCUAAACGAUGCCGACCCGGACGACAAGUUUCACUGCUUGCGUCUUUUCAGACACUUUUACCACAAGCAGCACUUGUGUCUGGUCUUUGAGCCGCUCAGCAUGAACCUGCGGGAAGUUCUGAAGAAGUACGGCAAGGACGUGGGGCUGCACAUCAAGGCCGUGCGCUCUUAUAGCCAGCAGCUCUUCUUGGCCUUGAAGCUGCUCAAAAGAUGCAACAUCCUGCACGCCGACAUCAAACCCGACAACAUACUGGUGAACGAGUCUAAAACCAUAUUGAAGCUGUGCGACUUUGGCUCGGCGUCGCACGUGGCCGACAACGACAUAACGCCCUACCUGGUCAGCAGGUUCUACCGAGCCCCUGAAAUCAUCAUCGGCAAGCCGUACGAUUACGGCAUCGACAUGUGGUCGGUGGGCUGCACGCUCUACGAGCUCUACACGGGAAAGAUCCUCUUCCCGGGCUCAUCCAAUAACCACAUGAUCAAACUGGCCAUGGACGUCAAGGGCAAGAUGCCCAACAAGAUGAUCCGCAAGGGAUUGUUCAAAGACCAACAUUUUGACCAGAACCUCAACUUCCUCUAUAUCGAAGUGGACAAAGUCACAGAAAGGGAGAAGGUGACGGUGAUGAGCACCAUCAACCCCACCAAAGACCUCCUGGGCGACAUGAUCGGCGGUCAGCGUCUCCCUGAGGAGCAGCGCAAGAAGGUGAUGCAGCUCAAGGACCUCCUGGACGCCACCCUCAUGCUGGACCCCGCCAAGCGUAUCAGCAUCAACCAGGCCCUCCAGCACGCGUUCAUCCAAGAGAAGAUUUGA